AUGGAUGAGAAAAAUUUUACCAUAGUGAAGGAGUUCAUACUUUUAGGAUUUACGACAGACCCGUGGUUACAGAGAGUUCUCUUUUACAUCUUCCUGAUCAUUUAUAUCAUCAGUCUUUUAGGGAACAUCACCCUGAUUUCUCUGAUCUGUUCUGAUUCUCGGCUCCAUAUACCCAUGUAUUUCUUCAUUGGAAGUCUGUCAUUCCUGGAUCUCUGGUAUGCUUCUGUCUAUGCCCCCCAAAUCCUGAUGACCUGCAUCUCUGAUGACAAACGCAUCUCCUUUGCUGGCUGCCUAGCUCAAUUCUUCUUUGCUGCUGGAAUGGACUACACUGAAUGUGACCUGUUGGCUGCCAUGGCUCAUGACCGCUAUGUGGCCGUCUCCAGCCCCUUGCUUUAUUCCCAGGCCGUGUCUCCAAGGUCAUGUGCCAGUCUUGUUGCAGCAUCAUAUUUUGGUGGCUUUGUGAACUCAACCAUCGUCACAAGUGAAACAUUUACCUUGAACUUCCGUGGGGACAAUGUCACUGAUGAUUUCUUUUGUGAUCUGCCUCCCCUUGUCAGAUUGGCCUGUGAUGUGAAGGAAAGCUACCACGCUGUGCUCUAUUUCUUGCUUGUCUCUAAUGUCAUCACUCCCACUGUGUUUACCCUUGCCUCCUAUCUCUUCAUCAUCGCUGCCAUCUUGAAGAUCCGCUCCACCCAAGGCCGCGUGAAGGCCUUCUCCACCUGCGGCUCUCACCUGACAGCUGUCACCUUGUGCUAUGGGUCAGUUCUCUUCAUUUACUCCUGGCCAAGUAAGAGCUAUGCCCUGGAGAGGGAUAAAGUGAUGUCUGUGUUCUACACAGUGGUGAUUCCCUUGUUGAAUCCCUUGAUCUAUAGCUUAAGAAAUAAAGAUGUUAAAGAUGCCUUGAGGAAAAUGAUAGAGAAAGCAGUUUCAUAA